AGUGGAAUGAGCAGGGAGAUUCGACAGGGAAGAAAAUGCAGCCAGAGCUCAUGAUUUGGUCUCUUUGAAGUUUUGGGGAACUUCAGUGCAAACUAAUUUUCCGAUAAGCGAUUAUCUAACUGCAAUAGAAGCCAUGGAAAAUAUGACAGACCAAGAUGUUGUUGCAACAGUUCGAAGGUCAAGUAACAGCUUCUCAAGAGGAAAAUCCAGGUUUCGUGGUGUUGUAAAGCAUGCAAAUAGUGGGAAAUGGCAAGCUAGAAAGGGACCUGGCAAAGAGAGUUUCUUGGGAACUUUUGAGAGUGAAGAAGAAGCUGCCAUAGCUUUUGAUGUUGCGAGCAUUAAGUUGAAAGGAGACAAGGCCAUCACAAAUUUCAACAUAAAAAGCUACAAUGUCAAAGCUAUAUUGGAUGGAAUGAAAUCUUCAGUUGAUGAUGAUGAUGAGAGUACUACUUCUAAUACUUUAUCAUCUUCAUUAAUGGAGGGAAAUAAUAAGAGAAGGAAUAAGAAGAGAAACUUGACAUUUCAUGAUCAUACCAUUAAUAAUAUUCUCGGGAACCAAACUGAUCAUGCAGAAUAUUUCUCAUCAGGAAUAAACAUGGCCAACAUGUUAAGAGAAAACUCAUCAUCACCAUCAUCAGCAAAUAAUGAUUUGUUGAUGAUGAUGUCAUCAAGAGAAGAAGAUGGGAAAAGCUUAAGUUUAGGUUUGGGAUUGGGAUUGGGAUUUCAACACUCAAGUUCAAGUGCAUUUAAAUCUUAUAAUGGUGGUGAUGAAGAAUCUGAUGGUCCAGUGACUACUACAGUCUUCAAAAUUAUGGGGUCAAGUGUUUAUCUACCACCGUACGAUCAUGAUCAUGAUCAUGAUGAGAUGGAUGGAGCAAUGUUCAAUGAUCAUGUUGUUACUAAUAAGUCUGAGUUUAAUCAUGCUAGUUCAAGUUGUUUUAAGCCCUUUAAGAAGCCAUGA